AUGGAGAUCCGAGGGCUUCUGAUGGGAAGCCAACCAGCGCGACGGAGGGACGUGGUGGCGGCCGGCACCACGCUGACUACGCUACUUCUCCUGCUGGUGCCCGCCCUGGACGGGCGGCAUCACGAGCUCGCCGGAAGCAGCAGCGGCGGCAGCAGUGCCGGGGUCGGCGGCAGCAACGUGGGCGUCUCGUCCCAGCCGGGGCUGGGCCCGGGCGGAUCGCUGUCAUCGGCCGCCGACGCCGUCGUUGUCAGAUUGUCCGCGUCGGCCGAGGAGGAGGAAGUGGCACGGAUCACGCUCGGCAAGGACGCAGAUGCCUUUUUCACACCAUAUAUAGGUCACGGUGAGUCCGUACGGAUCAUAGACCCCGAGCUGGGCACGCUCGAGCGCGAGCAUGUCCACGCCGGCGGUGUCACGCCACGGCGGCGUGGCCUGACGAGGCGCGAAUCGAGCUCAGACGCCAACGAUAACGAUCCGCUCGUGGUAAACACCGACAAGGGUCGCGUCCGGGGCAUGACGGUGGAAGCGCCGAGCGGCAAGAAGGUGGACGUGUGGCUCGGCAUCCCGUACGCGCAGCCCCCGGUAGGGCCGUUGCGCUUCCGCCAUCCGCGGCCGGCCGAGAAGUGGACCGGUGUGCUGAACGCGACCAACCCGCCCAAUAGCUGCGUCCAGAUCGUGGACACCGUGUUCGGUGACUUCCCGGGGGCGACCAUGUGGAACCCCAACACGCCACUGUCGGAGGACUGUCUGUACAUCAACGUGGUCGCCCCGCGGCCCCGACCGAAGAAUGCGGCGGUCAUGCUGUGGAUCUUUGGCGGUGGGUUCUACUCGGGCACCGCCACGCUGGACGUGUACGAUCACCGGGCGCUGGCGUCCGAGGAGAACGUGAUCGUCGUGUCGCUCCAGUACCGGGUGGCCAGCUUGGGCUUCCUGUUCCUCGGCACCCCGGAUGCACCCGGCAACGCCGGUCUCUUCGAUCAGAAUCUGGCCCUACGAUGGGUUCGGGAUAACAUCCACCGGUUCGGUGGCGAUCCGUCGCGGGUGACCCUGUUCGGAGAGAGCGCCGGAGCGGUGUCGGUGUCGCUGCACCUGCUGUCCGCCCUGUCCAGAGACCUGUUCCAGCGUGCCAUCCUGCAGAGCGGAUCCCCUACGGCCCCGUGGGCACUCGUGUCUCGUGAGGAAGCGACGCUCAGAGCACUGCGACUGGCGGAGGCCGUUAGCUGUCCGCACGACACGAGCAACCUGAGCGAAGCGGUCGAGUGUCUCCGCGGCAAGGACCCGCACGUGCUGGUCGACAACGAGUGGGGUACGCUCGGGAUCUGCGAGUUUCCGUUCGUGCCGGUCGUGGACGGGGCGUUCCUGGACGAGACGCCGCAACGGUCGAUGGCGAGCGGGCGCUUCAAGAAGACCGACAUCCUGACCGGCAGCAACACGGAGGAGGGCUACUACUUCAUCAUCUACUACCUGACGGAGCUGCUGCGCAAGGAGGAGGGCGUGACCGUGUCGCGCGAGGAGUUCCUCCAGGCGGUCCGGGAGCUGAAUCCGUACGUGAACGGGGCCGCCCGGCAAGCGAUCGUGUUCGAGUACACCGACUGGACCGAGCCGGACAACCCGAACAGCAACCGGGACGCGCUCGACAAGAUGGUCGGCGACUACCACUUCACGUGCAACGUGAACGAGUUCGCCCAGCGGUACGCCGAGGAGGGCAACAACGUCUACAUGUACCUGUACACGCACCGGAGCAAAGGCAACCCGUGGCCCCGCUGGACCGGCGUCAUGCACGGGGACGAGAUCAACUAUGUGUUCGGCGAGCCGCUGAACCCGAGCCUCGGCUACACUGACGACGAGAAGGGCUUCAGCCGGAAGAUCAUGCGGUACUGGUCCAACUUCGCCAAGACGGGCAACCCCAACCCGAGCCCCGCUAGCACCGAGUUCCCCGAGUGGCCGAAGCACACUGCCCACGGCCGGCACUACCUGGAGCUGGGGCUCAACACGUCCGCCGUGGGACGAGGCCCACGGUUGAGGCAGUGCGCCUUCUGGAAGAAGUAUCUCCCGCAGCUAGUUGCAGCUACCUCUAACCUUCAAGUGGCACCACCACCGAGUGCACCGUGCGAAAGUAGCGCAGUAUUUUUUUACCGACCUGACCUGAUCGUGCUGAUAGUGUCGCUCGCCUCGGCCACGGUCCGGUUCAUACAAUAAUUACUAUCGGCCUC